AUGGAUACUUCCUGCAGGAUUGCUGGGUUCCAGUAUGAUUGCUUGCUUUUCGAUAUGGACGAUACUCUCUACCCAUUGAGCUCAGGUCUCAAUUUGGCAUGUCGGAAGAACAUAGAAGAGUACAUGUUAAAACACUUGCAUAUGGAAGAAAGUGAAGUACCAAAUAUUUGCCUGGAUUUUUACAAGGAAUAUGGGACAACUAUGGCAGGACUAAAGGCAUUUGGUUAUGAGUUUGACAAUGAUGAAUUUCAUGCCUACGUGCAUGGAAGACUACCAUACGGGAAACUGACGCCAGAUCCAGUGUUAAGGAACCUUCUGCUUACCAUGCCUCAGCGUAAAAUAGUAUUCACAAAUGCAGAUGAAGCACAUGCACACCAAGUGCUCAGCAGAUUGGGCUUGAAAGAAUGUUUUGAUAGCAUCAUUUGCUUUGAAACGCUUAAUCCUCCUAAUCACACAAAUAUACCAACUGAUAAUCACGUCCUAACAUGGAGUAACUCGUUUGACAAAAAAGAUUGUAACCAGGUAGAGAGUGCGUGUUUCAACUCCAAGACACAAAUCCUCUGCAAACCCUCUGUGGAAGCCAUUGAAGCCGCCAUUCAGAUUGCUAAUUUAGAUCCAAGGAAAACGUUGUUUUUUGAUGACAGUGCUAGAAACAUUGCAAGUGGGAAGGCUGCUGGACUUAACACAGUUAUUGUGGGACGCUCAGAUUUGGUGCCUGGUGCCGACCAUGCACUGAACAGCAUUCAUAACAUCAAAGAAGCAUUACCCGAAAUAUGGGAGAUUGAGGGAGACCAACAGCAAAUGAUCCAAUCCCCAACAGUUGAAACCAUGGUCCUUGCAUGA